AUGGCCAACCUGAAUGUUCAUCUGAGGAAGCACACAGGAGAGAAGUUCACCUGUCAGCAUUGUCCUUUCAACUGCCUCAGCCCAGGACACCUCAAGGUCCACAUAGAGCGAGUUCAUUUGAAGGUGAAGCAGCACUGCAGCUUCUGUGAGCGAAAGUACUCCGAUGUGAAAAACUUGUUGAAACACAUGGAGAAGAGACACAACCUGACAGAUCCCGCUGUCUGUCAGAGCUACCAGCAGCUGAGAUUAAAGACUCGUCAGGGCCUCAGGCAGCUCCUCUACCACUGUCCCACCUGUAAGCGACGCUUCAAGAACCAGCUUGAGCGGGAGCGCCACCUGCUGGGCCACGGGCCCCAGCGUCCCUUUGUCUGCCUUCUCUGUGACCACGCUGCAACCAAGAUGGCUGCCCUCACGGCUCACGUCAGGAAACAUCUCUUCCUAUAUGUGUGCUGCACGUGUGACGGGAAGUUUGUCAGCUCUCAGAAACUGAAGAGUCACCUGAAAGAGGGUCACCCUGAGCUGGACCAGGAGCAGGCCUUCACUAAUUGCAUCAACAACAGCUACUACCUGAUACAGUCUGCAGGAGACAUGUGGGAGGAUGAGGAGAGGAGAGA